AAAACCAAGCCAACCUGUUGAGUGUCACAGUGGUGUAGGCAGGGUGUUGGCGCACUGCGUGGAGAAAAGUCGCCAGUUCUGAGUCAGAUAUCCGCCUGCUUGUGAGAAAGUUCCUCGUUUUUUUGCUUGCGACUUCUAAACUCAACGUCUCAAGAGGUGAAAAAGCUCAAGCCUGAAGAUGUCUAAGAUCUCUGCUUUGGUGUUAAUGACACUUGUGUCGCUGGUGUUUGCAGAAGAACAGAACUCUGAGGAUGACCCAUUUACCUUUGAUUACCACAGACUGCGUGUCGGAGGCCUGAUUCUAGCUGCUGUCCUCUGUCUCAUUGGCAUCACCAUCCUGUUCAGUGGCCACUGCAGGUGCAAGUUCAACCAGGACAAGAGGAGGAGGACAGGAAGCAAUGCUCAGCAGAUGCUCUCCGACCAAGGUCGUUCCUGUGACUGCUAGAUGUCAACCAGAACACACGCUGACUUCCCAAACCUGCAGCCAGCGGGUAACACGGAGGAGCAGCAGCGGGAUUCAAUACAUCCAACAAGAGGCUUUUGUUUUAUUGUUAGACAUCAACAGAGAGUAGUCCGUGUGUACCUGCUGUGAGGUGUGACGCUUUCUGCCUGAUAACUGAGCUACUGAUCUGCAGCCUGCACACAUUGACAGACUCGAACCCACAAACACCUUCUCACACAAUUUCAGUCACUUUCAUUUCAGUCAGUUGACUUUUUUUUUUGCGUAUUUAGAAGGAUUUGAUGUGAAGAAACAGGCAUAUUCAAUCGAGAAUUUCUUCUGUAUUUGGGUGUGAAUGCUUUGUCAUUCAUUAUCAUUAGUUUUGUUUGGCUGGGCUGAAAGUGACCUCACACAACGGUAACACAAUCCUAUUACCAAAAACGUCCUGAAGUGUCUACAUACUGUAGGUUGUGUCGAUGCCUCGCAUUACUUCUGCUGUACUGUAUUCAUGUAGAUGUUAGUCGCUUACUAUGUCCAUUCUAACCCACAGUCUGUGCUUUCAUGUCAUGUAUAUGAAAUCCAUGUAGUCAUGAGUGUUUAGAACAGCAUUGAUUAUUCUUGAUAAUCUGUUAAUACCCAUGUUUAGCUUUAUGGAGGAAAGUAGUGGAUUGCACUGUUGAGAGAUACAGAAAGACUCUGUCAUGUUUCUAUAAAAUAAUUAUUGAAACAGA